AUGUCGCGAAUCAUUUUUGAUAACAAUGAAUUUGAAAGAAUUGAUGCUGGUGGUAAUGGUGAUUGUUUUUUUAAGUGUAUCGCUCAAAAGAUAAAUAGCCGAGCUGGUACAGUUCGAGCAAAUGUUGUUACACAUGUUGUUGAAAAUUGGACAUCAUUUGAAACCUAUGCUAAAAAUAUUUUGGGGGUGAAUAGCAAGAAUGAUUACAAAGUUGAAAUGGGAAAAUCAGGCACACAUGCAUCAUUAAUAGAGUGCAAGGCAGCAGCAGACCGUUAUCUGGCAAAAUUUUUUGCUCGCGAAAAAGACCGAAACAACCCUAUUAAAUUUAGAAAUAUAAUUGAAAAAACAGCGGAGUGCCUCGAAAUAUCUCCAAGCACUGUUCAACAAAGCUUGCAAAUUGCUCCAAAAUCCGGUAGACCAGCGAUACCAUUCGAUAUUUUUCUCCAAGGGAUGAUUCGACAAACUAUUCAUGGAUUUUACGCGGAAAAAAUGUAUCCUUCUUUAGAAAUGGUUCAUAAAAAAUUACAAGAGUGUGAACACAUACCCGAUUUCAAGUUAACAACACUUAAAACUUGGUGUAAAAAAUUAAAUUUUUCAUAUAAAAAAUUCAAUAAAAAACCCGUUUGGAUGGAAAAUGUAUCGGUUGCCGCACAAAGAGACACUUAUCUUCGUCAAAUAGCGCAUUACAGGGAAAAUGGUUACAACAUUUUUUAUACUGAUGAAUCUUGGUGCGAUGCUAAUCAUUCUAGAAAAUAUGGUUGGAUCGAAACAAUUCAAUCAAGUGAAAUUAACAAUUUUGAUAGUGACCGCUGUCGUUGGCUUGUCAAUAGACCAGUACCACUGCCUCAAAACAUCAACGAAUUCGCCGACUUAACCAAAAAUGAAUUAUUGCAAUUAGCGAAACUAAAAUUUGAUAGUCGCAAAUUUCAUAAUUCGCACAAGUCUAAAGUUGAUGCUUAUAUUUUGACCCUUAAAAAACCCCUUUUAAAUUAUUUUGACUUGAAAAGCUAG